ACACACACACACACACACACACGCAGCGCAGAUCUUCACGCGCACCGGACUCGAAUCGCGCCGAGGAGCGGAAACACAGACUCAACAUCUGGACACACACCAUGAGAGCUCGCGGCUCCAUCUGAGGACACAGCGGUCACACCAUAAGAAUGGAGUUCCCAGACCAUAGCCGCCAGUUACUGCAGUGUCUGAGUCAGCAGAGACACCAAGGCUUCCUCUGCGACUGCACUGUGCUGGUGGGAGAGACACGGUUCAAAGCGCACCGAGCCGUCCUGGCCUCAUGCAGCAUGUACUUCCACCUCUUCUACUGCGACCAGCUGGACAAAAGAGACGUGGUGCAUCUGAACAGCGACAUCGUGACGCCGCCGGCGUUUGGGCUGCUGCUGGAGUUCAUGUACGAGGGAAAGCUGGAGUUCAGUCACACCAUAAGAAUGGAGUUCCCAGACCAUAGCCGCCAGUUACUGCAGUGUCUGAGUCAGCAGAGACACCAAGGCUUCCUCUGCGACUGCACUGUGCUGGUGGGAGAGACACGGUUCAAAGCGCACCGAGCCGUCCUGGCCUCAUGCAGCAUGUACUUCCACCUCUUCUACUGCGACCAGCUGGACAAAAGAGACGUGGUGCAUCUGAACAGCGACAUCGUGACGCCGCCGGCCUGGAGUUCAGCCUUCCACCCCUCCUACAUCUCAGGACAGCUGGCCCUCGACAGCCAGCAGCAGGGCACCGAGCCACUUGUUAAAGACGAACAUGACUUGCUGUCAGAGCAGGAGGACGGUGAUCCGGUGAGCCCGGAGAGCCAGCGCUUUGGGAAUAGCGCCAGGAGCUCGGUGGUGACAGGGUUCACUGCCCUUUUCCCCGACAACAAGGCCGCAGCUUCGCUGCUCCCUCCGGACGAUGACCUGAUGGAGGAGGAGAGUGGGCUGCGUGUGCGUUCGGAGCAUCAUCUCAGGGACAGCGAGGGCGAGGAUGAAGACGACCUGGCGUCCUCAGACAUCUCUACAUCCAGCGGGGUUCUUCUCCCGCAGGUCUGCAUGUGUCCGCUCUGCAGCAAGGUCUUCCCGAGCGCACAUGUGCUCCAGCUCCAUCUCAGCUCACACUUCAAGGAGAAAGACGGCAUUCGCUCGAAGCUCUCGCCUGACGGCUCCGUCCCAACCUGCUCUCAGUGCGGCAAGACCUUCUCCUGCAUGUACACGCUCAAGCGGCACGAGCGCACGCACUCCGGCGAGAAGCCGUACACCUGCGGACAGUGCGGGAAGAGCUUCCAGUACUCACACAAUCUGAGCCGGCACGCCGUGGUGCACACACGAGAGAAACCACACGCGUGUAAGUGGUGCGAGCGGCGCUUCACACAGUCCGGCGAUCUUACAGACGGGCAGAUUGUAUUUAUGCUGUUAGAGUUUGGUGUGUCCUCGUCUCCUGAAGGGCUUCGUCACUGA